AUGAGAGAACAACGACAACAGGUGAAAAAGAAGAAGAAGGACGCCACCAUGUCCUGUGGUGCCCGACCGAGGCGCCGGUACCAGCAGAAGGGUGGUGCGGCGGCGGCGACGGCGGUGAUCGCUGCUGACCAGCAGCCCACCAAGGACGAGGAGGAUAGCGAGGACGACGAUUACACGCGGGCGGUGCGCGAGCAGGUGAACCGAUGCAUCAACCGCUGCCCGGAUCAGAACCGAACGAGCUUUACCGAGCACAUUGAUGUCAGCUGUGGCAACGAUUGCUACAUAAAGCAGUGCACCGUUGGCUGCCAACACUGGGAGCAGGCGCUAGAGUCCAGCUGUCAGAACGUGUGUAACAUCACCAAUCAGGAGUUUCUGGAGGCGCGCGAGCUGUACUGCAUCAUGGGCUGCAACGACGGGCUGAACCGGUACUUUCGGUGGCUGAAGACCGAAAUCGGAACGCCGCACGCACCGGCCCUGGUAGCGGACAGUUUGACCGCGACGGCCCUGGCCCUGGAGUGGGAGGUCCCGGAGCGCUUGCUGCAGCUGUCACGCUACCGGAACCGUGGCCCCCAGAGCUAUCUGGUGCAGUGGCGCUACGAGGAGGUGGCCGGUGACUGGAAGUUCUGCCGGAACCAGAGCAUGGGCGACAGCUCGACCGUGCGCGUGGACAACCUGCAACCGUACACCAAGUAUCGCUUCCGCGUGGCGCUGCUGCUGUCCCCGAACCACGACCAGGUGCUGACGUCGGAGCAGAGCGUCAUCAUCAGCACGAUGCCGGCCGGUGUGCCGACCAGCAAGCCGACCAUUGUACGCGCCGUUGCGGUAGACCACUCACGCAUUUCCAUCUCCUGGGAGCCGGGUCCCUUCCCGAACGGGCCCGUACUGUCAUAUGUCCUCCAGAUCAAAGACCUCCAUCCGAUAGGCUACAGCGCCCUCAAGGACGUUCCGGAGUCCAGCACGUCCCGGUACUACAUCUUCGAGAAGCUGGACGCGCUCCGCAACUACUCGGUGUCGGUGGCGAUGCGCAACCCGGAGGGAGAAGGGCCCGCCUCGGUGACGCACGUGUCGACGCCCCCGAAGCCAACGGCAGCCGAUGGUGGUGGCGAGAGCGCUCUACUGCCGACGCUCAUCCUCGGCGCGGAGCACUCGAUCCUGACGCAGAGCUCGAACCUGUUCUCGGAUCCACCGACCCGGUUCUAUCGGAGCGAAACGCACAAAAUCCGUGGGACGGCGACGCACAUCCGGCGCGGGCUCAUCUUCGUCUCGGACGACGCCGGGUUCAUCUGGCGGGCACCGUCGCGCCCCGGCGCCGAACAGGAGCGGGUCGCGGUCCUCAGCCCGACCUCGGGGGCGAACUUCUGGCCGACGCUGCUGUCGGUGGACUGGCUGAACGAUCACCUGUACGUGCUGGGGCGGGCGCACACGACGCAGCUGUGGCAGAUCUCGCACUGUGACUUUGCCGGCGACCACCUGACGGUGGCGAUCGCCGGGCUCCAGCACCGGCCGGACUACUUCGAGGUCGACCCGUUCAACGGCUACCUGUUCUGGGUGAUCGGCACCGAGGGUGGUGAUCCGGCGGUGGCGGCGUCGGCGGCCGGUGGUCUGUUCCGGCUCGACCUGGGCGACAUCUCGAACGGGGUGCGGCACGAGAUCCGGCCGCAGCAGAUCGUGCGCAGCCCGCACCUGGGCGCGUUCGCGAUCGACCACACGAACUUCCGCGUGCUGGUGGCGGACCAGCGGGCCAACACGGUGCUGGCGGUGUCACUGGACGGCAAGGUGGUCGAGGACAUCCGGAACAACACGCAGCAACCGCGGUUCGAGCGGGUCCGCUCGCUCGCCCUCGCCCACGGCCUGUUCUACUGGACGAACGGGACGGACGUGUUCGCGGAGGACUACCACCGGCUGCACGACAGCUACUACCACAACGCGUUCCCGGUCGCGUCGAACAACACGUACUUCAGCAUCAGCGUCAACCUGACGUCGGAGCAACCGAUCCCGGUGCCGGUGAACCCGCCGCGCCACGUCCAGGCGCUCGUGUCGCCCGAGCUGCUCCGGAUCGCCUGGGAACCACCGUACCUGCUGGGCGUGAAGGGUAAGGGUGCGUGGCAGGGCUGGAGCUACCGGCUCGAGGUGCGCCCGGACGACGCGUUGGAGGAACUGGACUCGGAGCUGGAAGUGGCAGCCGUCGCGAACGGUAGCACCAGCUACUCGACCGGCCUGGCCGCCGGGCGGCUCACACCGAACCGCCGGUACGUGGUGCGGGUGGCGGCUCACACCCCGGCCGGUGCUGGCCCGUGGAGCCGCGAGUUCCGUGUGCGGACCCUGCGCACCACCCACCAGCUGGUGUCCCGCCAGCUGAUGUGGGCGAGUGCGGCCGGCGGUGGGAUCCUGAGCUCGGACCUGAUCGGGGACCACGUUAGCUCGCUGCUGCCGGCCGGUACGGAGGGGGACGUGGAUGCGGUCAGUGGGCUCGCCUGGCACAACGGCACCCUGUACGUGGUGGGCAACGGGACACUGCGGCUGUACCAGGGCGGGGUGCGGGUCCGCGAGCUCGACUCGGUCGAGUGUAUCGCGCUGGAUCGGCGGGGCGAGCGGCUCUACUUUCACCACUCCGCCCAGCAGAUGAUCGUGCGGGCGGGGCUGCUCGGGGAGCAGCAGGAGCCGAUCCACAACGUGCCGAACGUGCGCGAGCUGCGCUUCGACGAGCGGCGCGGCUUCCUGUACGCCUCGUCCGGCCUGCUGCUCGAGGCGUUCCGGCUGAACGGCAAGAACCGGGUGGUGUACUUCAGCGAGAACCUCUUCACCGGCCGCCAGAUCGUCGGCAUGGCCCUCGACACCGACGGUGGCCGCCGGCUGUACUGGAUCGUGCGCAGCUUCAGCGUCUCGCACCUCUACUGGGCCCCGCUGGCCGGCACCGCCGGUGGCGGCGCUCCCAUCGACCCGAGCGCGAUCGUCACGGGCCAGGCGCAGCUGAGCGCCCUCGGUGACCCGGGCCCACCGCCGCAGGGUCCGCUGCUGCACUUCAGCGACCGCCUGCUCUGGGUGCGGGACGGCCAGGGGGUGGUGGGGGACGAGCGCGGAGAGAAUCUCGCGUACAUCCGGUCGCCGCUACUCCACGGCACCACCGCGCUCGCACUCUACGACGAAUCACCGGUGACGGCGGCGACGGCGGCGACGGCGGCGACGGCGGUAGCAGCGGAAGCGGCGAGAGUAGUGGUGGUGCCGGCGGCCGUGAACCGGGCGACGGUGCGUGUGACGGGCGAGUGGCACUCCUUCAACAUCAGCUGGGCCCCGGUCCUGGAACCCGCCGACGCCCAGGAGGACGCCCAGGACGGCGCGGUCCCCGUGUUCUACAAGCUACUGCUGCAGGUGCCGGGAGCGGGCCCCGCGGGGACCACCUUCACCAGCUCCCACGAGCUGAGCGUCCCGUGGUACGCGUACGAGGGCUCCCCGCCCAUCCCGCCCUACUCGCUGAUCAAUGUGACGGUGCACGCGUUCACCUACUGGCGCUCGUCGGCGGUGGCCACGGUCCGGCGCCGCACACCCACCAGCACCCCGUCCGCUCCGGAGCGGCCCCGCGCCUUCCGGAAGCCAGGGUACCGCCCCGGCACGUACCAGCUCGCGGACGCCAUCCUGUUCCGGUGGGACACUCCGAGCCACCUGAACGGCCCCCUCAUCGGCUACCGCGUCUCCUGCCGCCGGGUCUGGUGGUCGGACGCAGACGAAGGAAACGUCAGCGAUGGCGGCGAGGACGACGGCGAUGAGCUAACGACAGUGCAGGGGGCGGUAGAAGGGAAGCAGGCGGUGGGGGUGCUGGUGGACGAGAUACGCGUGCCGGCGGACGUGAUGGAGCUGCUGGUGGAGGAGCAGGAGUCGGUACGGAGCGCUAGGUAUGGGUUGCGGGUGCGCGCCCUUAACGCCAACUUCGAGGGAGUGCCGACGGCGCCGCUGACCGUGCGGCUCGAGCCGGAGGACGGCGGUGGUGGCGGCGACCGCGCCGAUCUGGUCCCGGUGCCGGUGCUGAUGCCGCUAGUGUACGUAGCCACCCCCCACCAGAUCACGCUGUUCGAUCUGGACCACGAGCCCCCCCCGGGCGCGACACCGCUCCUGCUCCUGCCACCGACCGCUCCGGCCACGCUGCUCGCCGAGCUGCGUCACGAGCGGCGCCUGUUCUGGGUCGACAUCAACGGUGAGCUGUACGCGUACGACAUCGCGACCGACAGUAAGCAGCGCCUGGGGCACCUGCCGGGCCACACGACCGCCCUCACCGUCGACUGGGUCGGUCGGACCCUGUACAUGGCGACCGUGAUCACGGCGGCACCAGGCACCACGCUGUACGCAUUCGAUCUCAACCGGCUAGAGCCGACGAAGAUGGAGCAAGCGAGGGGCACGGUCGUGACUGCCCAGCUGGUCCCGCUCGUCAGUAGCCUCGUGAGCGACCGGCCAAUCGACUACCUGGUGGUGGAACCGGAACGCCGGACACUGCACGCCCUCAUGAGCACCAGUCGGGCGGCGGGCGGCUUCAGUGUGCCCCUCGACGACCCCGAUCUGACGGUGCGCCGUUACAUGUGCAGCCACGGCCCGGUCCCGGAGUCGGCACGGGGCUGUACCGACUACUGGGCGCUCUUUCACCAGCACGAGCAGGAACCGGAGGACUUCGAGGAGAUGCAAACGCUGACCGCGAUCGAUGGCCGGUACCUGUACCGGUUGGCGGCCACCCCCGGCUCGCCGCUGCUGUCCUGGGGACUGCGGACCGCCAUGCAGACCCCGGCACGGACGGUGCACGUGCGGAAGGGUGGGUUCGCGGCGAAGCAGCUCGCCGAGGCGGUCACGUUCCUGCCGGCCCAGCAACACCAGGUGUACCCGCCGGCCCGCUGCCUGGUGCCCCGGGUCGAUGGUGCCCACUACCGGCCGGAGCUGGAAGCGUUCACCGAGCAUACGCUGCGGCUGCGCCUUCCGCUCCCGGAACCGCAACCGAACUGUACGAUUCGGCCGCCCGGCGUUCGCUACCGGAUCCGGUACGCCGCGCUGCCCGGCGGCGGCGGAGGCGGCCCCGUCUACUCGUCCACCACGCAGUACUCCUACGAACCGGUCGCCACGAUCGGGGGCCUCCGCCCGUACACCCGCUACGCGUUCCACGUCACCCCGUACAGCUACUACCUGGGCCGGGCCCAGAAAGCGGCGGCGGCGGUGGCCAGUGCCGGCACUCCGGCACCAUUUGCCGGCGACGGGGACGGAGACGAGGAGAAGGCGUGGCUGCGGCUCCUGGACGGCCCGUCGGCGGUGGCCACCGUCUUCUCGACGGCCGCCGGGGCCCCGUCGCGCCCGGCCUGGAUCGAGGCGCUGCCCGUCAGCCCGACCGAGGCGAUCGUCCGCUGGAUGCCGCCCAUCUACCUCAACAACGACCGCGUCUGGUACGAGCUCUACUGGCAGACGGAGACGGGCGAGCACAAGAACCGCCAGCAGCAGCGUGUCACCGAGUACAACAAGGUCGAGCGCGGUCUACUGGCGAUGAACUUGACGCGGUUGCAACCGAGUCAGCUGUACCGGGUGUGGAUACGGGCGCACUCGACGCUGAACGCGUACAGCGAGAGCGAGUCGGUCGACAUCCGGACGUUCCCGGAGCCGAGCGACAUCGAGCUAAUGGCCAUCAACUCCACCGGGCUGCGCUUGUACUGGAAGGCCCCGCCCAACUGUGUACGUUUCCAGCUGCAGUACUGCAUCGCCGGGCAGCGCCACUGGAUCACCAUGUUCGACUCGGGGCCGGAGCCGCUCGACGCGGAGCGCCAUUACUUGCCGGCGCGGUACGAGCUGGGGGCACUGCUGCCGAAGACGCCGUACCGGUUCGUGGCGCGCAUCUACUACCCGGACCGGGACGCGCCGUACCUGUGGCCGCACGAGGACAGCCCCCUUAGCUUCGUGUGCGAGACGCUGGCCGACCGGCCGGGAGCCCCGGGCCGCCCCGUCGUCAUGCAGCUGCACGCGGACCUGUACAAGGUGAGCUGGGAGAUGGCCAAGGACAACGGCGCCCCGCUCGAGGAGUACGCUUUGGAGGCCCUGGCGGUCAGCGGCAACGAAACGAUGGCCCUAGUGACACCCCCCACCUAUCCGGUGGCAACCACCACCUCCGCCGCCACCACCACCACCAGCGUGGGCGGUGAAGCAGGAGACUUCUGGUGUCUGGUGUACAACGGGACCGACACCUACUGGAUCAUCUCGGACCGGCAGACGCUCAACAGCAACCUGUUCCGGGUGCGGGCCCGCAACUCGUUCGGCUGGGGCCCGUACAGCAAGGAGAGCCGCCCGGUCAGCCACCCGAUGUACGUGCGGCGGGCCGUCGGCUACGUGAUGGUGUUCACCUGCAUCCUCGCGAUCGUCCUGCUCGCCGUCAUCGUGGUCAUCGUCUGCAUCCUCCGCUUCGACGACAAGCGCAAGGCGUUUACGGGCGAUGGCGUCACCGGGGGGUCGCGCCUGCCGGACGUGGAGCUGGCCAACCUGCGGGAGCUGCCUCGGCGGGGCAACUUCGUGCAAAGCGGCAACUUCCUGUACGGGCCGAGCGCGGUGCUGAACGCCGAGGUGUCGCUGUUGCCCCAGAUCCGUAGCGAUCAGAUCUACAUGGCCAGCUCGUCACUGCUGGGUAGUGGCGCAUUCGGUGAGGUCUACGAAGGUGUCGUGAAGGGGGUUGACGGCGAAGCCAAAACCAGGGUUGCCAUCAAGACGCUGAAGAAGGGAGCGAACGAGCACGAGAAGCAAGAGUUCCUGCAGGAGGCGCAGCUGAUGAGCAACUUCAAGCACAAGCACAUCACGCGGCUGCUCGGUGUGUGUCUCGAGGCCGACACGCUGCUGAUCAUUAUGGAGCUGAUGCGGGGCGGCGACCUGCUAAGCUACCUGCGCCGCAGCCGCCCGAUCCCGGGGCAGGCCGCGCGACUCACGAUGCUCGACCUGGUGGCGAUGUGCCAGGACGUGGCGGCCGGAUGCCGCUACCUGGAGGAGAUGCACUUCGUGCACCGGGACCUGGCAUGCCGCAACUGCCUAGUGUCGUCGACCGUGCCGCGCGAUCGCGUCGUGAAGAUCGGCGACUUUGGGUUGGCGCGGGACAUCUACAAGAACGACUACUACCGGAAGGAGGGCGAAGGGUUACUGCCGGUCCGCUGGAUGUCGCCCGAGAGCCUGGUCGACGGCGUGUUCACCUCGCAGUCGGACAUCUGGUCGUUCGGGGUGCUGCUGUGGGAGAUCAUGACCCUCGGCGAGCAGCCGUACCAGGCGAAGAAUAACAUCGAGGUGCUGAACCAUGUGCGCGAGGGAGGCCACCUGGACCGGCCCAAAGUCUGCCCGGACGAGAUGUACGAGCUGAUGCAGUGCUGUUGGCAGUUUUCGCCCGAUGAGCGCCCGACGUUCCGCACUUGCGUGGAGAUGCUGGAGCUUCUGCGGGAACAUACGAGCGUCGACACGCAGAUCGUUGCACGGUUCCCGUCGAUGCUACUGCAGCCGGGCGGAGGAGAGGCCGUUUCAAAUCCUUCCUAUUCGGUUGACGAAGUUUACGACCCUCUUACGCCAGAAAUGCUACAGCAGCUCUACCGGGCGCGCGAGCAAGAGUUGGACGGCGGCGGCAGCACUGGUGCCGGUCCCGGUGCUACCGGAGGCAUCAGUGCGGCGAACAUUCCAAAGUAUCUGGAGCUGCUACACGAGGACAGUGCCGGCAACUCGCACAUCUCGAACCCAUUCGUCAAUCAGCACCCGCAGCAGCAGCAGCCGUACGCCGAAGACCUGUUGCCACUGGAUCGCGGUGGUCGGAUGAUGCCGGUCACGCAGCUGCUGAUGCUGAUGAACAAUGGCUACGAGAUUCCGAUCACCGAUCACCUGUGCGACGCUGGUGGUGACGGAGGCGCCGACGAAGAAAGUGGUGCUCAGGCGAUGGCGCGAUCGGAAGUUUGCUCGAGCUCGAGCAAGGAUCCGCUGCUGCCGGUAGUGGCGAUGAUGCCACCACCGACCCUGGCGGAGGGCCUGACGCCGCAGCAGCAGCACCACCAGCAGCGAUUCGAGGUGGAGCUGCGCAAGCUGCGUUGUGGUGGGGUUGCAGUGUGUCAUCCAGACUACGACCCGGAGCAGCGGCGUCCGGAGUUCGGCGCCAGUAGUAGUAUUACCGAUAGUACCGUGGGCGGUGGCGGCGGCGGCGGCGGCGGCGGCGAUCCUAUCGGCAGUUCGGUAGUGGCAUGCGGUAGCGACCGGCCGUCAUCGGCAGCGAAAUAA